CCGUUCCGCUCCCAACUCGUCCGAUUGUCAAGGUUCAUCACUAUUCGCUAUCCACAAAUGUCGUCUCCGUCGCAGAUGCAGGCGAUUUUGAUCAACAAGCAGGGAGACUUUGACGUGAUCGAGAAGGCAGCUGUCCCCGUUCCGCAGGCUGCGCCUGGCAAUAUCCUCGUGAAGAUGGCCUAUGGCGGCGUAAACUUCAUAGAUACCUACUAUAGGAAAGGCUUGUACAACAUCAACCAGUUUCCGUUCAUCGUUGGCAGCGAAGGUUCUGGCACUAUUGCCAGCCUGCCAUCCGACGAGAACGUCGUAAACUACGAAGAGUACAAGAAACGAAAUUUUGCCGUGGGUGGCAAAGUCGCGGUGUAUAACCUCGGCCUGUUCGCGGAGUACGCCAGUGUACCAUGGAAGAACGUCUUUCCGGUACCUGAAUCCGUACCGCUACGCACGGCAGCAGCCGGUCUUGCUCAAGGCAUAACCGUCGUGUCCUUCGUCGAAGAGGCGUAUAACGUCCAACCAAACGAUAUAAUCCUCGUGCACACCGUCGCAGGUGGGCUCGGCCUUCUCUUCGCGCAGCUCAUCAAGGCGCGCGGUGCGACCGUCAUCGGGACGACGAGCACGCCCGAGAAGGCGGCGCUCGCGCGUGCGCACGGCGCAGACCAUGUCAUCCUGUACCCCAAGGAGGACACCGUGCAGCGUGUGUUGGAGAUCACGCAUGGCGAGGGUGUCCAUGCGGUCUUCGACGGCGUAGGCAAGGAUACAUUUGACAAUGACUUCAAGCUCCUCCGCCGGAAGGGCACGUUGGUCUCUGUAGGUAAUGCCUCCGGCGCGGUCCCACCUUUCGCGCCGCUCAAGCUGGCCGAGAAGAAUCUGAGGCUCUUGCGACCGACGCUGGGUAACUACAUCGCUACCCCGGAGGAAGGCCGCAGGUACACCACCAAGCUGUUCAAACUCAUCGCGGACGGGACGCUCAAGAUCAACGUUUUCCGUGAGUAUCCCUUCACAGCGGAAGGUGUCAAGCAGGCACAGAAGGACCUUACUGGUGGAAAGACCACUGGAAAGCUCGUGAUCAAGAUCGCGGAGUGAUGUGGAAGUACUGGCGUGAGACGAGCGGCGGAAAGGCCGAGAUGUAAC